AUGCCUCCAUACCAAACCUCGCCUGCUAAUGCUGGCCCGCCGGUCGGGUCUAUCACCUCCCCCACAAACGCUCAAGCACACAUGCAACAUCCCCACCCAAACCACCAAGCCUCUCCGAUCCUCCCGUCGCAAUCGCAUUACCAACAAACACAAAGCGCGCCCGGCCAGGUACACCAGCAGAUGAAUUUCCCUCAACAGUACGCUCCACACCCACAAACAUAUGGAAUCUCCCCUACCCAGGCCGCUGCCGCCGCCGCCAUGGCCACCGCUGCUGCCUCGGGUCACCAAUUCUACCAACCAUUGCAUCAGGACUCGAUGGGUGGUGGAUUGCCACCAGGCGCUCGUGGCUCACCUAGGUUACCAUCUUCCCAGGUGAAGAGUGAACGACAUCCAAGAUCACCACCGCAAGUACCUGUCCAGAUGGCGCCGCUCUCCAGCCAGGUGCAAAUACCACAAAACGCGUCGAUACAGCAGCAACAGCAACAACCACCAUCGCAACAACAACAACAGCAGCAGCAGCAACAGCAGCAGCAGCAGCAGCAUCAGCAUCAGCAACAACAACAACAACAACGUCGCAUGAGCCAACAAGUCAGCAGUCCACAUGUACAAAACGCCCAACCCGCCCUCAACCACAGCCACAACCACACCAUGCAACGACCCCCGCCAGGCCCGUCACCGAUGUCCGCCCCGCCUCAACACUCUCAACACCCUCAGCAUGCUCAGCACCCACAACAUACUCAACACCCUCCACCUCCACCUCCACAACAACAGCAACAACAACAACCUCCCCCGCCCUCGCAAGACCUCGUAGCCACCACCUCUGCCUCCGCCCCCGCUCCCCCAGCCGCCCCAGCCGAAGAAUCCCCCCUCUAUGUUAACGCCAAGCAAUUCCACCGCAUCCUCAAACGACGCGUCGCGCGCCAAAAACUCGAAGACCAACUCCGCCUAACGUCAAAGGGCCGCAAGCCCUACCUCCACGAAUCGCGACAUAACCACGCGAUGCGCCGGCCGCGCGGACCGGGCGGCCGGUUUUUAACGGCCGAGGAAGUGGCCCAGAUGGAGAAGAAUGCUGCAGCGGGCGCGACGGGGAUUGAGAAUUUGCCAAAUCAUGGGAGUAAUGCCAAUAAUAACAAUAACUCUGCUGGGAUUGGGGCGAAAGGGAAUUCACGUCCAAAUUCACAUCCGCAACCACAUCCACACUCCGCCGCGCAGAAUGUGUCGCCGGGGCAGAAGAGGAAGGCUGCAGCUACGGCGUUGAGUGGGAAUGGACAGCAUGGCGGUGGGCAUGGGGGGAAGAAGUCGAAAACGAGCGGUGCGGGUGCGGUUCGGAGGCCGAGUACGAGUGCGCAUAGUGAUGGGGAUGGGGAUGAUGAUGGGUAG